UCAAGGCAACAUGGCAAAACUUAUUACCGUCUUCCUCGCCGCCGUUGCGAUCUCUUUGAGUUUGGCUGAAACCACUGUUGAAGUUACUAGCGAUAAGCCAGCGUUAACAGUAGUGCCGAGCGACAGGGUGGUGGCUCUGAACCAAACGGCAACUUUUGAGUGCGCCGUCACUGGCAACCUCGCACCAAUAAAAUUCUGGCAGAAAUAUGGAAAACAGGGACUGCUAUUUCCAGAUCAAGUUGAAGGUCGGCUUGCGGUCACCGCGGAAGGGGAGUUACAGAUUUCCCAUGUGAGACGAGAAGAUGAGGGAGACUAUAUUUGUACUGCCAUGAGCUCGUCGUUAACAUUAACAGCAAAAGCUCACCUCACAGUAAUAGAUUCUGAAACAAAUGAUGAACGACAGAGGGCACUCAACCUGGCAUAUACGAAGGCUUCUGAAUGGUUAAAAUCACAACAGAAUGACCAGUGGGGCUGGGAGCACACCCCCAGUGUUAUUCUCUCACUACAACUGACCAAUCAGACAUGGUUCAACAGAACAGAUCUAGGAGUCCAAAUGAACAUCAAGCAACUUGAGAUUGAACUAUUGACAUUCCUUAGCGCUCGCAAAAGGGUACCAUCGUAUGGCAGUAAGGACGAGCUAAAAGAAUUAUCACCCGGCCAUCUUGCGUAUUUCAUCUUGGCUCUCCAUUCUACGUGCCACAAUGUCGAGGACUUUUUCGGACAUGAUUUGAUUCGACUUCUGGAACAUAAAAUGCAUAACUUCCCAGUCGAUAACUUCAACAACCACUUCCAGUACAGUCUUGCUCUGUUGGCACUCUGUAAUACUAAGUCUCUGGUUAAGCAUCGGUAUGUUCAAGAUGUUGCAAAUGGACAAGAUAUUCAUGGCGGAUAUUUUUAUGAUGAUAAAGACACUACGGCGAUGGUUGUUACAGCUAUGUCCUGUCUCGCCAACAGACCACAGUUUGCAAAUGAUACGACUGUUAAUUCGACUUUACAACGAGGAAUAAGUAACCUGAUUAGCUGUCAACACGAGGAAGGAAGUUUCGGAAAUGUACAUUCCACGGCUCUGGCUUAUCAAGCUCUGGUAGCAGCCAGGGUACCCCCUUCUAAAUGGCAACCCGACGAUGUCCUCAGUAGUAUCCUGGCUGAACAAGAAGACGACGGUUCUUUUAAUGGCCACCUGAUGACAACUAUGCAGGUAUUGCCAUCGCUGGUCGGUAAACACUACAGUGACAUCAACACUGAAAUGUGCAAUAUAAAAGAGCAAAAAGAAGAACAGGAUGCCAUUAAGUUGCACAAUCCAAACUCUAGUGAAGACACUAUCACCGUUAAUAUAACGGUGAUUGAUGCUGUUAAUAAUGGCAACACAUUGGCUUCGUACAGCGUGAAUGCGCCUCCAAAAACCAGUCUAUAUAGUAUCAUGGAGGGUAUUACAGAUCUCACUUUUGAAGCAACCGAUAGUGCAUGGGGUCACUAUAUUCAAUCAAUGUUUGGUAUCCGAAGCGACAACGUGAAACAAACUUACUGGGCCAUUUACAAAAAUUACUUGGAAACACUGGCAGUUGGAGUGGACGAUUAUUACCCUGAAGAUGGUGAUCACGUGAUCUUCAAGUUCGUCAAUUACGGGAAUUAGUGAUUAGUCUUACAUUCCGCUUGGACUGAUAUUCUCAAUUUAUUUACUUCAAUUGUUCGAAAAGAAGCGAAAAAAAUACAAAGUAAAUUUGAUGACCAUAUAUUUUUAUCUAGCUUUUGUGAACAGCGACACAGACUAAAACGAUGUUGUCAAGGAAAUCAAAAUAAGCUUAAUCACAAUGGCGGGAACUUGUUUUGCCAAGCUAAUGGUGAUCUGAAGCGAUGGACCAUGAGAGUUGUAUUUUUUCACAUGUUCUUUCAGUGAUUGUCAUAUAUAUAUAUAUCUAGAUGGAAUAAAUUAAGUUAGAAAUAACAUCAUACCAACCAAUUUCAUAUGUUCAUGAAGACAAAAUAACAUUAAAUAACUGAGUAUAUUACAA